AUGAUCCAUUCGACGACGGUCCAGGAUGCCCAGAGAGAGUGGCAAGGGGUGCCGGAGGUUGUCGCUAGUGGUUCAGCUUGGGACAUUGGCUUUGCUCAUGGCAGUCAGAUCCCCAAUCGCAUCAGGACCGCCAUUUCGAAUUAUGAGGAGCUCUUUCAAGAGACUGCCGACUGUGAUUGGGCAGAAUCUAAGAACCGUGCCUCGACUUAUCUUCCAUCCUUGGAACAGAAUCAUCCUGACUUGGUCGAGGAAAUGCGUGGUAUUGCUGAGGGUUCUGGUGUCGACUUCCAGGAUGUUCUUGCGCUGAACCUGCGCAGUGAGAUAUCGUUGACAAAUUACUCGGAUGGAUGCACGUCGAUUGUCUCCCAGAACCCCACCACGUCAGAGGUGUUCCUGGCCCAGAAUUGGGAUUGGGUUGGCGAGGCGGGAAGGUCAACGGCUUUUUUCAACAUCCGCAAGACAGGAAAACCCCGUAUACGGAUGCUGGGUGAAGCUGGCAUUCUUGCCAAGUUCGGGAUGAAUGAAGCUGGCCUUGGUAUUUGUAUGAACGCGAUCAGGUGCGGUACGGUGAAUAAGAAUGCACUCCCCGUGCAUCUUGCGGUGAGACGUGUUUUGGAAUGUCGAUCCUUCGACGAGGCGUUCGCCGUGCUGGAGAAGAACCUUGUGGCUUCGUGUUGCAAUUUCAUGAUCGCAGAUCGGGAUGGGAAUUUUGCAACAAUUGAAUGUACCCCGAAAGGCCUGGCACCAAUCCGCCCGCAACCUGGAAGCAGCACAACUUUCCAUACAAAUCACUUGUGGUCCCCAAAUGUGCCUGAUGGUAUACGCGAUCAUCCUUCCAAGAACUCUUUCUCCAGGUUGGAAAGGAUCAGAGAGCUAAGCAAUGGUCAGGAAGCCGAUAUGGCCAAGAUCCGAGCGUGGCUCGCAGACGAACAGGGCACGCCUGUCUCAAUCUGUCGGUCAACACCACCUCUUGCCAAGGGCAUGGAAAGAAUGGAGACCCUGGCAACGGUGAUUAUGGACCUGCAAAAGCUGAAAUUCGAAGCGUCCUUCGGCAAGCCCAGUCUAUCCCCUCCUGUCCGUACCAUCUUGCUGGACUAG